AAUGGACGUUGAGGCGAACACUAAACAGAAUUUCUAUGAGAGGUUUCACGAAUCUCAUGCUGGUGUUUAUUAUCCCAUUCCCCCGAUUUUACCCCUCCUUUUCUUUUUACGUUCCAGCUAACCUAUUGCCGUGGAUGUCUAGCUCUCGAAGCGCAAAUCGAGCUGCUGUCCAGUGCAAGUCCGUCUGAGCGCCCGGAAGCCAUUGAUAGAUGCCUAGCUGCGAUAUCGGCGCUGUCGGAUGCAGUCAAGGAUGCGUCGUCGUAUCUUCCGGCUUACGACCAGCGGUCUUACACCGGGGUUCGUGGUCAUGCUCUGCUACUACUACCGACUCUAGCGGCUGGAGAUCGUAUAGACUGACCCCCAGUUUGAUGUAUUAGCAAGUCCGCGGCCUUUCAGACAAGUUGUCAGAAACUAGGAAAGCUAUCACCCCAAAGCAGAAAUUCUCGUUCAAGAGUAAAGGCAAAGAUACCGCAGCCGCUAUAGGUGGAGCCAUGAAGUCCUCCAACUCCUCCGCCUCCUCAUCUUCAAAAACCCAAACAGAAUUUACAACGCCUACCUCCGACCAACCAAUAACAGAUAACUUAAUAAUCUCCAACCUCUCCAGGAGAUAUAUAAACCACACACGGCCUCCAUCCACCUCCACCUCCACCUCCUCCCUCCUACUUUCUGAAAUCUCCAGCAGCAUAAUUCUCUUCCCGACUGCCGAAACCCCACUCUUCUCCAGCGCCGCCAUCAAAAACGUCACCAACACCCUACUCUUCCUCUCUAACGCUAUAAACGGACCCAUACAUCUCACAUCACUGAGCAACACGACGAUACUCGUGGCGUGCCGGCAGCUUCGCAUGCACGACGCUAAAAACGUGGAUGUGUACCUACUCUGCUCUUCGAGGCCUAUUAUUGAAGAUUGCUCAGGUGUCAGGUUUGCUCCGUUGGAUGCACACCUUGGCGGGGAAUGGGAGAGUGUCAAUAACCUGUGGGACCAGGUGGAUGACUUCAAGUGGCUGAAGAGUGAACAUAGCCCUAAUUGGGAGGUUAUGCGGGAGGAAGAGAGGAUUUUGUGGGGGGAGUGGAAGAAGGUUGGGGCAUGGAAGGCUGGGGCUGGGGAGGAGGAGGCAGUUGUGAGGGUAUUGAAGAGAUAUGUUAGAGGGGGGGAGCAUGUUUUACACGAUAGACAAUAAUAUAUACCAUGGAUUUAAUGAG